AUGACCUCCAACUCAGCUGCAUGGCUCACUGAAGUUAAAGCUCACCCAUUCCAAGUCAAGGAAGCGCCGGCAUACGUCCCCGAAGAUAAUGAGCUCCUCGUCAAGAACCACGCCGUGGCUAUCAACCCCGUCGACGGCAGCCUACAAAGUAAGGCCUGGUGGCCGAUGAAAUACCCGACCAUCCUCGGUCAAGACGUCGCAGGGGAAGUCGUCGCUGUCGGCCCCAACGUCACCCGCUUCAAAACCGGUGACCGCGUUGUCGGCCACGCCGUCGGAAUGGCUACCAAGCGUACACAGGAUAACGCAUUCCAGACAUCCACCAUCUUGCAGACAAAUAUGGCCAGCGAGCUCCCAGCCAACAUCUCUUACACGGACGCUGCCGUCAUUCCUCUCGGUCUUUCAACUGCUGCCUCUGGUCUUUUCCAGGACGAAUUCCUGAAGCUGCGACUCCCCACUGAGCCCCGUCAGGAUACCGGACAAGCUCUACUGAUCUGGGGUGGUGCGGGCAGUGUUGGAAGUAAUGCUAUCCAGCUUGGUGUCGCAGCCGGCUACGAGGUCUUCACUACUGCCUCACCCAAGAACUUUGAUUACGUCAAGAAGCUAGGUGCUACUAAGGUCUUUGAUUACAGUAGCCCCACCGUUGUUGAGGAUCUGGUCAAGGUGCUUAAGGGAAAAACUCUCGCGGGUGCGAUGGACUGUGUUGGUUUUGCUGGCACUCCUCUUACCGUUGAUGUUCUUGCGAAGACUGAGGGUAACAAAUUCGUCUCUACUGUCAAGGGUGGAUUCCAGCCGCCGGAGGGCAUUACUGUAAAGAGUGUGUUUGCCACUACCAUCAAGGAUAACCAUGUUGGUAAGGCUGUUUAUGAGGAUUUCUUGCCCAAGGCUCUUGAGGCGGGAAGCUUCAUUCCUGCUCCUUCCCCGCUUGUUGCUGGAUCGGGACUAGAGAAUGUUCAGGCUGCUAUUGAUUUGCAGGACAAGGGUACAUCUGCUCAGAAGGUUGUUGUUACUCUGUAG